UAAAUAAUGGAGAUCGGAAAUAGUAUUGAUGAAGCAGCUGCAAAAAGAAAAUGGGAAAGAAUCUGCAUCACCAUCAACAUCAAAGCAAGAGCAACAGUUGCAGAAAACUUGCGUUCAUAGUGUUUCUUGCCUGUCUUUUGGGACUGGCUUGCAUUCUGAAUCUCUUCUGGGCAUCUUCUUCUUACUUUUCCUCUUCAUAUCUCAGCUUUGCAUCCAAUUGGGUGUCUCAAAAACCUCGUAUCUUUGUUGCUCAACAACAACAAGACAAGAUAGGAAACAGGAAGGGGCAUGGUUCCGAGAGAUUAUUAUCAGCUACAUUUGCGGACUUACCAGCACCGGAUUUGCCAUGGGAACAAAUGCCAUCAGCACCGGUGGCACGUCUCGAUGGAUCGGCAAUACAAAUUAAGAAUCUUUUCUAUGUUCUUUCAGGCUAUGGCACCCUUGAUUAUGUGCACUCUCAUGUCGAUGUGUUUAACUUCACUGAUAAUACAUGGUGUGUGAGGUUCGAUUCGCCGAAAGACAUGGCCAAUUCACAUCUAGGAGUGGCAACUGAUGGGAGAUACAUAUAUGUGGUCUCAGGUCAAUAUGGUCCCCAAUGUCGCAGCCCAACUGCUCGUACUUAUGUUCUCGAUACUCAGACGAAAGAAUGGCGCAGUAUGCCUCCUUUACCGGCCCCCAGGUAUGCUCCAGCAACUCAGUUAUGGAGAGGCAGACUCCAUGUGAUGGGGGGCAGCAAAGAAAACCGCCACACGCCGGGAUUGGAGCAUUGGAGUAUAGCAGUAAAAGAUGGCAAGGCAUUGGAGAAAGAGUGGCGGACCGAUAUCCCGAUUCCUCGUGGAGGACCGCAUAGGGCUUGCAUUGUGGUAAAUGACCGAUUGUUCGUAAUCGGCGGUCAAGAGGGAGAUUUUAUGGCAAAACCUGGUUCACCUAUCUUCAAAUGUUCUCGCAGGCAUGAGGUUGUGUAUGAUGAUGUGUACAUGCUAGAUGCCGAAAUGAAGAAAUGGGAAGUGUUACCUCCAUUGCCGAAACCGAACUCUCAUAUCGAAUGUUCUUGGGUAGUCAUCAACAAUUCGAUCAUAAUUGCAGGUGGUACAACAGAGAAACAUCCAGUGACCAAAAGGAUGAUCCUGGUUGGGGAGGUUUUCCAGUUCCACUUAGAUUCAAUGACUUGGUCGGUGAUCGGAAAGCUUCCUUACCGUGUCAAGACAACCCUUGCUGGUUUCUGGGAUGGAUAUUUGUAUUUUACGUCCGGACAACGAGACAGAGGACCGGAGAAUCCGCAGCCGAAGAAGGUCAUCGGAGAGAUGUGGAGAACCAAAUUGAAUAUAUGAAUCUUAACCAUGUUUUUACAUUAUUAUUAUUAUUAUUAUUAUAGCACUUCUCCUUUCAUGGAAUACAAAACUUACAUACACUCUUGUAGCUCCCACAGCUUUGGUUUAUGGUGGCAGUAAUGCAAAU